AUGACAAGCGCUUCUGUUCUUUUGUGCUCCAUUGCUUUCAUACUUGUGGUAUCCAUUGCUAUAGUGAUACUAACAAGAGGAAAGUCCAUAAGAAACAAGGACGAGAUAAGAAUAGGAUUAAUAGGUGCCUUGGCAUUCGGAUAUAUUGCGUGGGCAUGUGUGUAUAUGUCUCAGAUAAAGCCAUUUGUCGAUCCAGAGUAA